AUAAUUGACUUGAAUAUUUUUACAUGUACAUACACUUGAUGUGGUUCAGAAAAAAUAGAAGAGAUUCUUGCUUUGGCUACUAAAUUCAUGAGGCCUACAUGAUACAUGAUGACCACAUCAUGUUGAUAAACGCCGCUCGAAAGUGACAGAUUUUUUUAUUUAAAUAAAUAUCUUAUUGCUAUUAUUUGUACGUUUCUUCUUUCUCUGCCUUAAUCUCAUCAUACAAGAACUUGACUUGGUUUUUAUCUCUUGAAUUUAAUUUGUACGAGUGCUGUUGGGUGAUGGAAAGCAGAAGAGGAGAGGCAGAGAUUGACAGAUUGCCUAUAGACCUCUUGUCCCAUAUUCUUGUUUUCAUCACUUGCUUCAAAGAUUUAGCUCAAGCAAGCAGGGUGUGUAAGAAAUGGAGGGAAGGGGUGAAGCGAUCGCUUGGUCAUAGGGAGAAGCUGAGUUUUGUUGGUUGGAAAAUGGAUGAUGACUCCGCUACUCGAAUUCUUUUUCAUGCCUACUCUCUCAAGGAGUUGGACAUUUCAAAGAGCAGGUGGGGUUGCCGGAUAACUGAUAAAGGCCUGCACCAAAUAUCACUAGCAAAAUGCCUUGGUAAUCUGUCCUCGAUUUCCCUAUGGGGUAUGACAGAAAUCUCUGACAAUGGUAUUCGUCAACUGGUAUCAGGAGCAACUUCUUUGCAACAUCUUAACAUUGGGGGUACAUUCAUAACAGAUGAAUCUUUGUUUGCAAUUGCAAACAGCUGUCCACAUUUGAAGUCUAUUAACCUCUGGUGCUGCCGUCACGUGACUGAGCACGGACUACUGGUUCUUGUAAAUAAAUGUCAGAAACUUGAAUCUAUCAAUGUCUGGGGUAUGAGGGUUCCCAUGGAGUGCUUUGUUUGUUUGGUCAACAUUAGCCCAGCUCUUCAUUUGCAACCUGAGGGCCUGUUGCCGCUUGCAGAAAGGGCAUCUCUGUUGCCUGUUUUUUAAGAAACUAUCACUGGUUGUGCAAGAACAACCAUUUGUCAAGUUAAAAUUGGUGCAGGUAGUGUUUCAGAUGUAUCUCACAAUAAAUAUUCCAUAACUGUAUCUAUCAAUAAUCAAUUCAUCUCUGUAUUGUUACUCAAAGUUCUUCUGUACUGAUUCUUUAUGUGAAUAUUGUAUUAUACAAUCAACACUAUCCCUGAUAAUAAAAUCAUCUGGAAAAGGUUUCCCCUGCCCAA